GACAAACAUGGAGACGAAUGGUUGGCGUUAUUACCGAACAUUUUCUUGCCCAAUCUGUGGGUUUCCUUUGCAAAGACUUGAAUUUCAUCCUUCAUUUGCCUCACAAAAACCCAAUUUCUAGGUUACUUUUUGGGUGUCAUCUUCUCUCCAAACCUCUGAAUUCCAUUAUUCUCUUUCAUCUCCAUUUUCCGGAUACAGGCUGGGCCGUCAGAUUUGUUCUUCAACAUUCCCAGAAAUUCAAUUCUUAAGUGGGGCUUCCAUUUUUUUACUAUACACAUCCCUCUCCACGUUGACACUCUACGAUUACAUAAUGGGUUGCUGUGGCAGCACGCAAAAGCCUCUAACAUCUGGAGUUAAUGCCUCUGAUUCCGCUACUGGGAUUGCAACCAGAGGUCCUUAUCAAUCUUACCAACCUCACUUCACUGUCCCGACUGAGAAGGUAUCAGCCCCUCAAACCCAAAUCCCAGCUAACCGAAAUCAGCCUCAACCACCACCACCACCACCACCAACGGCGGCGCAUCCGCCGUCAGCUUCAGCUUUCCCCAAACCCAGGACCGUGCAAAAUCACCCAGAAACAAUUCUGGGUAGACCCUAUGAUGAUAUUAGAAAACACUAUACUCUUGGGAAAGAAUUGGGUAGAGGGCAGUUUGGUAUUACCUAUUUAUGUACUGAGAUUUCCACUGGCCAAACAUACGCCUGCAAAUCUAUCCUUAAACGGAAACUUAUUAGUAAGAAUGACAAGGAGGAUAUGAAGAGGGAGAUUCUGAUUCUGCAGCAUCUUUCUGGGCAGCCAAACAUCGUUGAGUUCAAAGGGGCUUAUGAGGAUGGAUAUUCUGUUCAUCUGGUGAUGGAACUUUGUGCUGGUGGGGAGCUUUUUGAUAGGAUUAUUGCGCAGGGUCAGUACUCUGAAAAAGCUGCUGCUGAGAUUUGUCGUGCCAUUGUAAAUGUUGUUCAAAUAUGCCAUUUUAUGGGGGUUAUGCACCGUGAUCUGAAGCCUGAGAAUUUCCUGUUGUCUAGCAAGAAAGAGGGAGCAAUGUUGAAGGCCACUGAUUUUGGACUCUCUGUUUUCAUUGAACAAGGUAAAGUGUACCGUGACAUAGUUGGCAGUGCUUACUAUGUUGCUCCUGAAGUGUUGAGGCGAAAUUAUGGGAAGGAAACUGAUGUUUGGAGUGCCGGAGUUAUUUUGUACAUCCUUCUCAGUGGUGUACCUCCAUUUUGGGCAGAAAAUGAGAAGGGAAUAUUUGAUACCAUACUGCAAGGAGAUAUUGAUUUUGGUAGUGCACCUUGGCCAACAAUAUCCGAAAGUGCUAAAGAUCUUGUGAGAAAAAUGCUCACACAGGAUCCGAGGAAGAGAAUAACUCCUGCACAGGUUCUAGAACAUCCAUGGAUUAGAGAAGGGGGAGACGCUUCAGACAAGCCAAUCGACAGCGCCGUUCUGUCUAGAAUGAAGCAAUUCAGGGCAAUGAAUAAGCUUAAGAAGCUUGCUUUGAAGGUCAUUGCGGAGAACUUAUCUGAAGAAGAAAUUAAAGGCCUUAAAGCUAUGUUUGCAAACAUAGAUACUGACAAUAGUGGCAAUAUCACCUAUGAUGAGUUGAAGACAGGUUUAGCUCGACUUGGUUCACGGCUUUCAGAGGCUGAAGUGAAGCAACUGAUGGAAGCUGCUGAUGUUGAUGGAAAUGGAUCGAUUGACUAUAUUGAGUUCAUCUCUGCAACCAUGCAUAGGCACAGACUGGAAAGAGAUGAACACUUAUACAAAGCAUUUCAGUUUUUUGACAUGGAUAGUAGUGGAUACAUAACAAAAGAUGAACUGGAGAAUGCUAUGAAGGAUUAUGGCAUGGGUGAUGAAGCCAGCAUCAAGGAAAUUAUCUCUGAGGUGGACACAGAUAAUGAUGGUAGAAUCAAUUACCAGGAAUUCUGCGCAAUGAUGAGAAGUGGAACAACACAACCAGGAAAACUCUUUUAACUUCAUAGAAGCCAAUUCAGACUUCAAAGCAGUGGGUAUUAUAAUGCGAACGAGUCGCUCGACAGCUCGUGUCCUGCCCCGGUGGAUCGGACUGAUUGGCAAGGACUUCUUAAAUUCGGAUGUUGUCAAAAACUCGUCAUUCUUUCCUUUUCUAUUUGCUGCCUUAUCUUGAGUGUAGUACUUCAAUGAGAAGUAGAGGUAAUUUUUGUGUAUAUGUAGCCUGUUCUCUUUUUAUCUUUCAGCUGUUACCUAAUAAGGAUCUUUCAAGAGCAAGCUAAUGAUUUUUGUUCUUGAUGUUUUCCA